AAGUUUUGUUUUCUAUGGUUUUCUGUUAAAAGUGUCAUGGCCCCAUAGUAUUCUGUUUUGUUGGCACUUAUUGUGUACAUAGACCUUCCCACCGGCGUAGAAGCUGGACUUUGUGUUUAUUGAAAUAAUGCGGGUGUGGAAUUUUAGCUUUAAACAAACGUGUUUCUCGUAUAAAACGUAUUUCGGAAAGCAAUUUAUUGAUCUUAAGAAAUAAAUUAUAUUUUGCAGUUUCAUUUGUGUGUUGGUGAGAAAAUGUCAUUGUUUACAAUAUAUUUAUUUGGAAUAUUGUGGACAGAACUCAGUGUAGUAAGACUUGGGUAUGAAAUCAAUUAAAGAUUACUUCGUUCAAACGAAAAAAAUGAAAUUCAUUGUAGUCAACAUCUCAGCGGGUGUAGUUAUGUGCUUUCUACUUCAGCCGCACAUUAAUGCAGAACCUGAGACAAUUCCAAGCCAACCGGUAAAUGUGACUGUUUUGCGUGCUACAUCAACCACAAUAGAGUUGUCUUGGAGUGAGCCAGAACACCCAAAUGGCAAAAUUCUGGGUUAUCACCUAUAUUUCAUACAUGCCAACACCACAGAUGUCAAGACUGUAAAUGCAAGUGGGAAAUCUGAAAUUGAAUAUGUUCUUUCUGAUUUGAAGCCUUUCACUGACUAUACUAUACAACUGAGAGCAUUUACUCGCAAUUUUGUAGGAAAUAAUUCUGAUGAAGUUAGACAAAAAACUGAUGUUGCUGGACCAAAUGCUCCCCAAAUUGUGAAUAUUACGUGCCAGUCUCACGAUUCACUUUUUAUACAGUGGCAGAGGCCACUGGAAUUUUAUAACACAAUCGACUUCUACUAUGUAUCCUACAGAAAUGAAAAUGUCUGGGACUUUGAAGAAAUCGUUAUUGAAACAUCUAAAGAACACCUUGAGGUUAUGAAAUUGCUUCCUAACUUGAGCACCAACACAAUGUAUGAAGUGAAGGUGCAUGGGGCAACUCGCAGCAUUUUCAACAAGACAGUGCUCAUGCACGGGAAUGCUUCUGAGCCAAGGAAGGUCAUGAUGCGUGAGAACUGCGACAAGAUUCAAAUUUUCUUACAGAGCAGUGCCAAUGAGUUGACAGCGGGAAUGAUUGCCGGCUUUGUGUGCAUCUUGUUCAUUAUUUUACUUGUGGUCAUUGCAUUUGUUUUGUGGAGAUUACAGCUUUUGGAAAAUCCAGUCGCUGGAAGAGAAUGUCACAAUUUUAAUGACGAGUCCUUAUAUCUUGCGCACGAUUGUGAUAUGCUAUUUUGUUCCGAUUUUGCUGGCUCUUCAACAGGAAAAAGGAAGUGCUUCCAAGCUGCAUAUUACUAUCUGGAUGAUCCCCCGCGAUCUUUGCCUGCAAACUUUGAUUGGAUGGAUAGCACCGAUCCCAAGUCAUCCAUUCCCAUUCAUCUAUUUUCAAAGCACGUGGCAGAGUUGCAUGCUGAUGGGGAUAUUGGCUUCAGUAAAGAAUACGAGGCAAUCCAAGCAGCAUCGAUCUAUGACUACAGUUCAGAGCACUCGCAGCAUCCAGAAAAUAAACAGAAAAACAGAUAUUUGAACAUCCUUGCAUAUGAUCACAGCAGAGUGCAGUUGCUGCCUGUUCCUGGUCAGAAAAAGUCACUGAACUAUGUCAAUGCCAACUACAUUGAUGGCUUCCAGUGCUCCCACGCGUAUAUAGGCACUCAAGGUCCCUUGCCAGCCACCUUUGAUUGCUUUUGGAGGAUGGUGUGGGAGCAGCGUGUGGCAAUAAUCGUCAUGAUCACCAAUCUAGUGGAGCGAGGAAGGAGAAAAUGUGACAUGUACUGGCCAAAGGAAGGCGUGGAAACAUAUGGUGUAGUUCAAGUGAGGCUAGUUAAAGAAGACGUUAUGGCUACAUAUACUGUGAGGAAGCUACAAAUUCGGCAUCUCAGGGUAAAAAAGAAAAAAAGUAAUGUAGCUGAACGUUUUGUGCACCAGUAUCAUUACACAAAUUGGCCAGAUCAUGGAACACCAGAUCAUCCAUUGCCCGUCCUAAGUUUUGUAAAGAAGUCAUCUGCUGCCAAUCCUGUGGGUGCAGGACCCAUCAUAGUUCAUUGCAGUGCUGGAGUCGGCAGAACUGGCACAUACAUAGUUCUCGAUGCUAUGUUGAAGCAGAUUAGAAGCAAAGGAGAAGUAAAUAUUUUUGGUUUUUUAAGACACAUCCGUACCCAAAGGAACUUUUUGGUACAGACUGAAGAGCAGUACGUUUUUAUACAUGAUGCUCUACUAGAAGCAAUUGAGAGUGGGGAAACAAAUAUUAGCUGCACACAUUUGUCGCGCUAUAUCCAGAGUCUGCAGUCAAGCGAUGUGGCUGUAGAUGAUAAUCAGGAACCUGUAAAAUUGUUAGACAGGCACUUUAAGCUUAUAACUUCAUUUCAGCUGAAAGAUUUCCAUUUAAUAUCAGCAAAUAAGCCAUGUAAUCGAGCAAAAAAUCGCUGUUCGGAACUUUUAGCUAUAGAGAGCACACGUGUCAAUUUAACUCCUAAACCUGGCGUAGAAGGCAGUGAUUAUAUAAAUGCAACUUGGUUUAUAGGUUUUAAUAAAUUGCGAGAAUUUAUUGUAACACAGCAUCCUCUAGAGUCUACGAUUAUAGACUUCUGGCAAAUGAUUUGGGACCAUAAUGCACAAACCGUUGUCAUGCUUACAGUUUUGGAGGAACAGGAGUAUGGGAAAUUUUGGCCAGAAGGAGAAGACGAAAUUUCUACAGAAAAUUUCAAAGUGAAAUUCAUCAAGGAAUCAGAAAAAUCUGGCUAUGUUACCCAUAUUUUCACAGUCCAGUCUAUUCAAGAUGAUUAUGAACUAUCAGUAAAAAUAAUCAUUUGUUCAGGAUGGCCUCAUAUCUGUAGUUCUCUCAGCUCUGCAUUUGAACUGAUUUGUUUGGUGCAAGAAUGGCAUUUGAAUUAUCAAAAUGGGCCCAUUGUAGUUGUUGACAGGUUUGGCGGAUUGGAAGCUGCCACUUUCUGUAUUCUCAUGACUCUUAAAAAACAGUUUGACUAUGAGCAGUCUGUUGAUGUCUACAUGUAUGCAAAGUUGUUACAUAACAAGCGACCUUGCAUCUGGAAAACACAAGAUGACUAUUUGCUCAUUUAUCGUGCCCUGGAAACAUUGACAGGCAGCUCGGCAUCUGUGCAAGUUUCAAACCAAGCCCCUCCUGAUCUCUACGUGACUGCAAAUGGUCACAUAAAUGGAUUUGUGGGUAGUGUGAAUGGGACUGGUAAAGUGUGUGUUCCCGUGGAAGGAGUGGAAGCAGCAACAAGCAGCCAGGAGUCACCGGCAUGAAUAUUCUCUCCAGUGCAUACUGCACGUACACGCAUGCACUUUCAUAUUAUAGUAUUGACUGAAGGUGCGUGUGUUUUUGGUUGUAAUUUGACAAUUUUGAGUGGACGGAUUUACAGCCUAAUGCCGCAAUGUGUUUCAGAAAGGAAAAUACUAUAAUUUGUUUUGUGUUUGAAAAGAAAUUGAGUUAAUAUGGAUGUGUUUUAAUGUGAGUAAACUGAAGUUGUGAACAGACCGUUGUGAUUCAUAUAACUUCCAGUUGUCAGACUGUUAGAUUAAACAGUGUUGGGUUGGGUACCAGCAAUGUAAAUUAAAGUUUAUUUAAUAUAUGAGCUUCCAUAUAUUUUGAAUUUGGUAUGUUGUGCAGCAGCAAUUUUUAUUUGUGCAUGAGUCAAUGUAAUCUAGGAGAACACUGUUGUGUACAGCAGUUGAGUAAAUUGAAGGACUUAGAGAUGUUUAUUAAUUCUACCUCUGUUAAGAGCUACAAACACAAGUAGUUUUCUUCGUUGUUAUAUAACUAUAUUUAUUUUUAACAAAUUAUUUGUGAAUCCAGAAAAUUUCUUCAAUAAUUUUGUACGUUUUCAUGAGCUAUGAUUGAAUUGAGUUAAUUUUACAUAUGAGUAGGAACAGUAUAGAAAGCCAUUUUGGUAAGUAUAUCUUGAGACUGCAGCUUGAAUUAUUUAAACUAUUUACAGUUCUCCAAUUUCAUGUAUUUAUACUGUACAUCUCAAGUUAUAGAUGAAACAAAACUGUGUUUGAGCUCUGAAUAAUACAAUGAUAAUGCAGUUAACAUUGUUCGUAGUCACAUUCUUGGUCAAGAAUAGUGAUGAGAUACUUACUUUGUUUAUGGUAACACUUCAAUCCAGAUUGAAUGCUAAAUGAAGUCAUGGAUUCUAAUUGAAAAUUUUUUCCUUAACACACUGACCGAAUUGAACUUUGAACUGAGUGAGUAGUCCAGUAGCUAAAGUGAACUGGCGUGCAGAAUCCAGGUUAAAAGUUAAAACACUCAGGAUAGAAAUGGAAGUUGAACUAUCAAAAAAAAAUUCUAGAAAAAAUUUGAACAACUAAAAUAAUGUUUUGGAACAGUUUUAAAAAUGUUUGAAAGCAUGGCCAAAUCAAUAACAAAGUUUAAUACUUCCUCACUUACCAUUGACCAUUGUGAACUCAUAUUAGAUUCAGCUGCAACAAAACAAAAACCACCCUUAAUCUCAUUUUCCGUCCAAGUUCGCUCCAACUGCAGUAAUGUUACUCUUCACUCCACGUUAAAAAGUUUUAUAAACACACAUCAAUCCUAGUUGUUGGCAUUGCCUCUGCCACAAGCUCAGUCCACUACAAAAUGUUACACUAAACAAAGUAAAUGGCUUGUUCUUGACCAUCACUUACAUUAGCAGCGACUCACAUUUCUUUCUCAUGUGUUCAAUGUUGCCUCAAAUAUGUCUGUGUUUGUGGGUAGACAUUUAAAAUAAUCACCAAAGAAACUGUGUUAUAAUUGUUAGAAGCAAACAAGCAGUAAUUAUUUUUUUUAAAGGAAGGGAGAGGGUUCAUAUUUAAUUAAAUAAUUAUCUUACACAUUUAUUACAACAAUGUCAAGUUUUCUCCCCAUGUGCACUUUAGCCAUAAAAUUAUCAAGUAUUAAGAAUGUUAAGUUUUUGAGCUUCACCAGGAGCAAGAAGACUAUUUGCAAUUGGCUGUAAUUGUGUGAAAUUAUUGUGUGGAUUGGCUGUAGUAUAUUUUAUUAGUUUGGGACAUGUGAGUAACAUGUCACUUGCAGUAAACUUUCAAAUAAUAAAAAAUAAAAAUUCAUUUAUGUAAAUCUUUCUAAGUAAAAGUGAACUUCAAUAAUUAUCUGGUUCACCAAUAAUUUUGUGAAUAAAAAACCCUUCAACUGGUUUUGAACUGUAAGAGGUAGAUCAGUAAAUCACACAGUUAACAAAAAUAAUUGGUAAAUUCACGCCUGUUUAUAUACUUCAGAUACAACAAUUAUAUGUGUACCAUUAAUACGUUGUAUUGGUAGGUAAUUUAUUUGUGAUCAUUUUAGAUCUGGUAGAGAAAUGUAUGGUCAUUCAGCUGAUAUUUACACGUGAAAAUUCUGCCUACAUAACUAUUUUAACAUAUUUAUACUUGGUAAUUUUGGUUUAUGCAAUAGUAAAUGGAAUGUAAAAUACUAUGCAAUAUGUGUGUUACAAAUCAUUAGAAAACAUUACAAUGCUAUUUGCAUUUGCAUGCCAAAACGUGCACCAUUUGUGCUGCCACGGAGUCAGUAAAGUUUGCUUGUUGCCUGAUCUAUGCUGUUUUCUGAUAAUUAUUUAAAGUUUUUGCUUGAGCAAUGGAUAAACUUUGGGUUUUACUUCUUUUAAUUAUUGAAACUCAUAUGAUCUUUUUUUAUUUUUACAUGAAGAACUAACAUUUGUACAUUCCAAGUAUUAUUUUACCAUUUUUAGUUAGGUAUUUGUGUUGAUCUGUUACAUUAUUAGUGCAUGUUCUUGAAUUUUAUAUCAUUUAAAAUGUGUAACAAUUAUGUAUACUAUUGAAAUAAGUAACUGAAUCAUUUUUUACAUUUCACAUUAGAAAAUCUAUUCUGUCUCGUUAGAUCUGUUUUCUCAGGUUCUUUUUGAAUGCACGUAAAUUCAAGUUAAAAAAAAAAAGAGGAGAUACAUGUAUUAAUAUUUUAGCCGGAUAUUUAAAACAACCCUUGUUUAACUUGUUUUUAAGGGGAUAAUUUGUUUUUUACUAGUUUCCACAAAGCCUAGUAUGGUCAGUAAACUUAUACUGAAUAAAGGUAGCGGUCUUCACGUUAUUUCUAAAAUUUAACUUCAUCACUGCUUUAAAGUGCAUAUAAAAGUAUUUUCAAUGGAAAUAGCUGCUUCAAACAUUGACAGAAGUAGUACUAAAAUACUUUAUGUUAGGGUUAUUUUUUUGUACUAUGGUGUGUGCAAUCAGUCUCACGCAAAGGUUUCUCCGAACCGAGGACAAUCACAGUUGAUAGGAUCACCUUUCCUUGAAUUCCCCACAUUUUCAUAAGCAAUAAUUUAUUAACUAUAUUUUUUGCUCCCAAUGUUUGUAGCAAGUAACUACCUACAUUGAAAAAGUUUGAGGAGGGGGGGUUGCCUGUUUGGUUUUUCUGGGGAAUGCAGUUUUAGAAAUAUGUUCAUCCUUAUAACAUUAUAUAUAUUUUUAAUACACCGUUAUUAAAAUUUAAGCAUUUCUUUAAACAUAAUAUCAGCAAUAAUUAGAGCAUACCUAAUUUUGUAAAUAUGUGUCCAUACAUUAUAAUUUUACAUGAAUUAAUGUAAAGUUCAUUAGCCACUCAGUGAUAAUUUUAAAAGCUCCCACAAUUUCAUUGAGAUUAAAAAUUUCCUUAGCAUGGAAAAUCUUAAAUAUCAUACUAUUAGGCAAUCUACACAAUUGUAGAAUUUUGUUCAAAAACCAAUAGCAAUUCAAAAACUUUUUAAUUCACUAGUUAAUUUACUUCAUUUUUAACUCUUUUUCAAUGGUCACCUUAGGAAAACAUUUCAUUAUCACCCAACACUGGAAAAACUUGUUGACCGGUUGUAAAUUAUGUAUAUGGGACGUAAAUAGUAAGUGUUUUGUUGGAAUGUUAAAAUUAAAUGUUGUGUGUUAAUAUGACUUUGUAUGCAUACUUGUGUAUGAACAUAUUUUAUUUUGUGUUAGGUAAUAUGCAGUGUAAUUGUGUCCCAAGAAUCUGAUAGAGAUGAUCGUCAUUGUUUUAUUUUGGAAAGCUGCAACAAGCACCAUUUAUACAUGAAUGUCGAAAGUACUUUUAUUUGUGUUACUUUAAGUUUCCUGUAGUGUACAUGUUAAUGUUGAGAAUAUUUCUUGUAGACAUUUUUUAAAAUAAUGAAUUUGUAAUAUUUGACUUACAGUGAAUGCCAUUACACUUUAUCAUUUGCAGAAAUGUGUUAACAAUAUAGAAAAUGUUUUUGUGCUGACAGUAAACAAACAUUCUCUGUAAAUACAACGUGAUGUAGAGCAGGUGUCUGCAUAAAGUUUUGGGCAUGGAAGAGUCGUAUAAAAUCUGAAUUCUUGCUCUUU